CAAAAAAACAAAAAAAAACAAAACAGCACUAACUUGUCUUUCUUUCUCCAAAAUCUGCAUUUCCAUGAAUUUACUUUCAUUUUGUUCCAAAUUCCAAUUAAGCCUUUCCCUCUUUGCAUUCUCUUUCUAUAUUAAUUAAAAUAGUCUCCUCCUCAUCAUCAUGACUUCUUCUUUGCAUUCACUCGUAUUCUGACAAAAACAAAAAAUGGAAAACUUCUCAAAUGGAGAGCUUCCAUUGUGCUCUCCUUCCCUCUCCACAAUUUGAUGGCUUAUUUCUUGUUCAUCCAUUGUUUUGAUCAAUACAUGAAAACCCAUCUCUCUUUCACACUCUUCGUCCGAACCCAUGUUUCCGAAUCAAUUCAUGCACUUCCUGAAAUCAAUCCACACUUUCAGAAGGAAAACUCCUUUUGACAGUGUGUUUUAGAUUCAGGACUUUCCCACCCAACCCAACCCAACCCAACCCAAAUCAAAAUCCCCAAAUGGCAAGCUCGUGUUUCAACCCAUUUAAGCUUCUAAAAUCGAAGAAGAAGGAGAAGGAGAAUCUAUUUUGGUCGUCGAAAAUGAAAACACAUCUGAAUUCGGAGAUGGAAAACAUGGAGAGGAGGAGAUUUGAUAGUUUGGAGUCAUGGUCGAUGAUAUUGGAAUCGGAUAACGUGGAGGCUUGGGAAGCAUCAUCGUCGUCGAAGGAGGAUAGAGAGGAAUGGACUGCGGAUCUAUCGCAGUUGUUCAUAGGAAACAAGUUUGCUUCUGGGGCUCAUAGUAGGAUUUACAGGGGGAUUUACAAGCAAAGGGCAGUUGCUGUGAAAAUGGUGAGGAUACCAACUCACAAGGAGGAGACCAGGGUUUUGCUUGAAGAGCAAUUCAAGUCUGAAGUUGCCUUGCUUUCUCGUCUCUAUCACCCUAACAUAGUGCAGUUCAUUGCAGCUUGCCAAAAGCCUCCGGUAUAUUGCAUCAUUACAGAGUACAUGUCACAAGGAACUCUGAGGAUGUAUCUCAACAAGAAAGCGCCAUACUCACUUUCAACUGAAACAAUUUUGAGGUUAGCCCUUGAUAUAUCUCGCGGAAUGGAGUAUCUUCAUUCGCAAGGAGUGAUCCACAGAGACCUUAAAUCAAAUAACCUGCUUCUAAAUGAUGAGAUGCGCGUUAAGGUUGCAGAUUUUGGUACAUCAUGUCUAGAAACACAAUGCCUAGAAUCAAAAGGAAACAAGGGAACUUAUCGUUGGAUGGCCCCAGAAAUGAUCAAGGAAAAACCUUACACUCGGAAAGUUGAUGUGUAUAGUUUUGGGAUUGUGCUAUGGGAGCUCACAACAGCUUUGCUUCCAUUUCAAGGAAUGACCCCCGUGCAGGCUGCCUUUGCUGUGGCUGAAAAGAAUGAACGACCACCACUGCCUGCCAGUUGCCAGCCUGCGCUCGCACACCUCAUAAAACGUUGCUGGGCAGCAAACCCCUCUAAGCGACCAGAUUUCAGCUACAUUGUUUCUACUUUGGAGAAGUAUGAUGAGUGUGUCAAGGAAGGCCUCCCGCUCACUUCCCAUUCAGGGCUAGUCAGUCGUAAUGUCCAUCUUGAAUGUUUCAAAGGCUGCGUUGUAUCCAUGAGCUCAUCGUCUAUACCUGUACAUUCCUGACUCUCCUUAUAAUAUCUUGUUCACUCAAUUAUCAACUCUAUGUAUAUAUUUGAUGGUUUUUUCAACGAUCCAGUAUAACUGUAUUUGAAAGUGAUGUAAAAGUUAUGAGAAUGGUUGUUUUGACUUGUUUGUCACUUUGUAAGCUUGACAAUAUCAGUCUGCUUCAAAUUGUCUGCAAGAUCAGACCAUCCUACUUGUUUUAAAAGUGUAACUGUCUUGAAUUUUCUGUUGUAGAUUUCACAUUGUAUAGAUGGUUACAUGAUGGUGUUGUUAACAUUGUAUUGAUAUAAUAAAAUGAUGUUUUUUUGUCUGUUUA